GUAAGGAGUUGUAGAUCUAUAUUUGCGAGCGGUUCGAGUAUAAAAGAAUGAAAAACUGAACAUUGAAUAAAAUCUUCACCCGAUAAAGAUGGCAACAGGUGAAGCAAAACCAGGAAGUUCAACAAAACAAGAAAUAUCUGAAGAAAAAGUUGAAGAUUUGAUUGAAGCCUUUGGAAAUUGUAAAUGGUUUAACUCAAAGCAAGGGUACGGGUUCAUUACGCCUGACACAAGUUCGCAGGAAAAAACUGAUGUGUUUGUACACCAGUCGAGCAUCGACAUGGAGGGUUUCCGGAGCUUGCAGGAAGGGGACCGGGUGAAGUUUUGGUACAAACCCUCCAAGAAGGGGCUGGAGGCGGUGAAGGUUGUGGGGCCUGGGGGUGAAAAAUUAGUCGGGGCAGAACGAACGAAAAAGUCCAGACCCUCAGACAGAAGGUCCCGAUGUUACAACUGUGAUGAAGAAGGCCACCACGCCAAGCAAUGUUUGUUACCACCGUGGCCUAAAAAGUGUUUUAACUGCAAAUCAUUUGAUCAUCUCAUAGCAGAUUGCCCAAAUAAGCAUGAUACGUCGAGUACAGAGGAAAGCAACGGAUCAUCUUCACAUACACCAUGUAAAGAGGAGGAAACAAGCACAGAGGGAGUAGAGAGGAAAGAAACAUCUCCGCAAACACCAUGAUACCUCAUAUUCACAUUACCUCAACAUUAUUUGAACCGUAAGCUACCUCAUAGUUUAAAACAGGUAGCUGAAUUCGUCAAGCAUUAUCUACCUCGAACUCUUUUGUACGUCUCUUCAAUUGAAGGUAGAAAGAUAUUCAAUCAUCCAUCAUAUGCAAUGCCUGAUGCUUGUCAUUCGAAGCAUGCCAUGUUAUAAAGCUCAGGUUUCAUAUGUUUGUUACAGUAUUGUGGAUCGUUCAUUCAGUUUAAUAAAUUUUAAUCAAACUUUGCCUCGUAGUUUGUACUCGUGCAAGUGUUUUGUGAAAUAUAAUCAAGAAUCUCAUUAAAGUUUUCAAUCUUAA